AUGUCCGGCGGCCGAAGGAGGGGUGGCGCCCCCUGGCAUAGCCUCUCUCGGUUCUUUGCUUCCCGGAGCCCUUCCCGGGACAAGGAAGAGGAAGAGGAGGAGAGGUUGGGGUCGAGCCAGACGCCAGCUCCAGACCGGGGCGCUGCCAGUGUUGAAAAUGAACCCAUGACCACAAGUCAGAAAAAGGAAAAUGUGCAUUCAUCAGAAGCAGUAAAGAUUCAAAAUGAGGACAAAAGGAACCAUGCUGAAAAGCCAAUCACUCCUCCAGUGCAAGAAGAUUCCAAAAAGCCAAGUGAUCUUUCCAGCUCUGCUUCCGAUACCAAAAUAGGAGAAGGCGAUAGACAGCCUAAAGAAAGCUUUUUCCAGUUUCUUGGUAACCUCUUCAAUAUCUCAGGAAAAUCAUCUCUUGGUGAAACCAAACAGUCUUCUUUCAAAGAUGACCAUGACAAAACUGAGAAAGAUUUACCAAAUCACAGUGACUCUCCUGAGGAAGGGGUCAAAAGGGAGAAGGAGAUUAUCAGCAGCUCCAUUGGAGCUCAGCCGCUUCCAACAGAAGAACAGGAUUCCAACUCAACUGAUCCCUCAGAUGCUUUUUCUUUGGAUACAACACAAGACAGUGAACAGGAAGCUAGUGAUUUGCUAAAACAAAGUGAUGACACACCAGAGAAACCUUCAGUAACAUAUGCAACAUAUCGGGGCCCCAGGCAAAUUAGGAAAUACUUAAAGAAACAGACUGCGUUAGAAACUGUGGAUCACUUGGAUGGAGGAAAGGAAAGUUCUGACCCUGUGGAAAGCGCACACACUGGCCCUGGAAGUGAGGCUGGAGCAGUGGUAGCUCCAAAAACAUCAUCAUCAACUAGCACAGACCCAUCUCUGAAAGGACAUUUUCUUGGAGGCCUGUUAGAGGACUCUGAUUGUAGAAAAAUAAAUGUGAGCACAGAAAGCCAUCCAACAAACAACUCAGAACUGCAAAACAGUGCUGCUUCUAAGGAUGUUUUUAAUAAAACUGAUCCUGGGGGACUUGAGAGAAGUAGGUCAUCCCCUUCUCUGAUGAACUCCAACUCCGCUCUUGGAGAAAAUGAUUCACAGCGGCCUCUGAGUUGUGUACCAGUUUCUCAGACUGACAGAAAUUUGGUAUGUUCAGCUUUGUUUACAGGAAGUAACAACAGCAGUGCUCCUUGCAAUCCAGAUUUUCAGAGGAGAACUAUGACAGAAAACACAGUAAAAGAAAGCACUUGUUUGCCAAAUAAUAGGACAUUGGUGCAAAGAGGAGGGCCUGUCAAACUUCAGAGCCCUGCUGCUUCUGACCUCGCUUGUGGUAAAGCUGAUGGGAGUGACACUACCAAACAGGAAAGUGCAAAUUUGCCAAGUCCAAAGGUAUCAAUUAGGCACGAAACUCUGCAGUUGCCAGACAGUAAGUGUUCUGACACACAACCCAUAGAUAACUCAUUAAAGCUGGCUGCCCAUCACACUGGUACCAUUGCUUUCCAGAGACAUGUUGUGACAGACCCAGAAUGUGUAAAUGAAAGAAAGCAGUCUGCUGCUCGAGACUCUCAAAUACAUUCAGCUGUUACAGAAGUCAAGCAAGAAACAGAAAGCUCUUCACCUGUGGAACACACAACUUCAAGUACUACGAAUGCUCUAAAAAGUAGAAACGAGUCAUUACCCAAAGACACUGACCAGUUUGCAACAGAAACCAAAAAGCUUGCCAUUAGGCCUUGUGACACAACUCCUCAAAUUAUUAGAAUAAAUCAAAAGGACUUGGCCUCUUUAAAAUGUACCAGUGAAUCAGCAGUUGUAGCAUGCUCAGAAAAUAAAUUAGCACCUGAACUGAGUUUUAAAGUGAAUAGAAAUCACAUUUCAGAACCACCUUUUGUCUCUGAGAAUCCUCAACAAGCCAAAGUAUCAAUGGAUGCUAAAACAUCUCAUACCCUUGACUGUAAGAAGUUAAAUUUCAAUACUUCACCCCCUACCUCUGUUUCUGGUGUUGGCAUGCUUGGCAAGUUGGAGAUGCCUGUUUUAAAGGAUAAAGGUACUGUGCUCAUUGAAACAGGGGGUGUCAAUAGUACUGGUGUUUCUUGUCAAUGUCAGGACAAAAAUGUGGCAAAUUGUGUUGAAACUGCAGAUGGAACGAGGCCUCCUUCUUCACUCCACCUUAAGCACACACCUUCAAGUUUUGAAUCCAGGGACGUUUUCCCUGAUAGUAAAGAAUACCAGGUUUCACUCGAUCCUGAAAGCAGUGAUGUCCUCUUAACAGGAGCAGGCCUGUUGAGCUCUGAGUCUGGAAGCCGCUCUAAGAACCACAGUUCAGUUUCAUCUCAAAGGCCUAAUAAAGCGAAGCGAACUCCUUCCGACACUAAAGUAAAUAAGAGCACUUUGCAUAAGUCUGGUUCUUUUUCCUUGGAAGCCAAAGCUGAUACAUUUGCUCAGAUGUUACCAAAAGCUGAAGUAGAUUGUCAGAAUGGUGUUCCUGUUGAAUCAUGUUCUAGAAGAAGAAAAACUAUACCCCUACCCAAAAAUUCUGUUUCUCAAACUGAUCCCAGAAUGAUUUCUCAGAGUAAAAUUUCUUCUUCUACAUCUGAAAUAACAGAUGUCCCAGCAAAGCCAAUUUUGUCAGAAUUGCCUUCUUUAGAUAACAGUGUUCAGUCCUUAGAUGAUGAGAUGAAAGAGAAAUGUUUAGAUUUUGACUAUAGACAGAAUUACCAAGCUGAGGUUUUUACUCCUGCCACCAACUCCCAAGAUAAACAGGAGACAAAGGUGGAAGCAUUUGGUGAUCCUCUUCUUCUCCCAUUACUUCCUGUUCAUGAUGGAAAAAUCACUAGGCAACUGUUACACAGUCAUGAAACUGAACCUUACAUGGUUUGUGAGCCUUUAGAGACUCAUGGGACCAAAAGUUUUCCAGCUGCUUCUGGACUCUCAGAAAUGGCAGAACUCAGCUUAACUAAUAUCUCUCCAAAAUUCCAAGAAACUGACAGCAUAAAAGUAAAUUCACCUUUUCUGAGUUCUGAUGUCAGUUUGGGAAAAAAUGCCUCUGCAGCUGCAGAUUCAAGCUGGCUUAAUGUCCCUUCUGUGCAGAGAUCAGAACAGAAAGCCUCAUCUCACAGAGCGAAAGAGAGUGCUCCUUUCCUAAGGGGUUGUAUUGAUGAUGUGUCGUCUUUGUCUGGUAACUCAGAAGAAGUUAACAUGGUUACAGGUUCAUGUAAUCUAAAAAAUAAUAACUCUCAAAAAGUUACCAUAGGUCUCACACAUGAAGGUGUCCCCUUAACUAACCUGCUGUCCCCUGAUAUCUCUUAUUUGGAAUGUGAAACAUCUAUCCCAACAGGGGCAGAAGUGACCCCACUUCGGGAACCUUUUGGGGUUCAUCCUGGGAAAGGAUCUCUUGAGUUCCCAGCUGCUGCCCAGUUUGACAAUCCCAUGGAAGCAGAGGCUGCAGCAGUUGCUGGGGUUUCAGUGUCAGUUAACAGCUCAGGACAGCAGUGUUCUGAAGCAUCUGCUGAGCAUAUAGAAGCAAGGAGAAGAGCACAUGACCAACUUUUGGACUCUAAAAGUGGCUUACUUAAAAAGGCUGAUACUUUAAUUGCUGAGAUCUUUAACACUGUCAGAGAAGAACUGAAGUCUAAACCUACAGUUGGCAUUCACGAAGGACCUAUAGCCACAAGUAGUAUAAUGAAUCCAGGCACUCUGAAAGAAGACAUCCCUGAGAAAAACACGUCAGAAGAGGUGAUACCAACAGGAAUCCUACUGGCAGAUCAUUUGGAGGAGCAGGACAUGGAAAACACAUCAGAAAGCAAAGGGGAAGAAAAGGCCAGUGUUUUGCUUAAAGUUGGUGAGAAGAGUCUUCUUUUUGAUUCUGAUAGAAUGGAUGUGUCUUGUUUGUUAGAAGAUCAAGCUAGGGAGUUAGUUGAUGAGAUUAUUUAUUCAGCCCAAGAGAAUUUGAUACAUGAUGCUUUUGAAGAUACUGAGAAUAUCUGGGAUUCUGAACUUCAGGCUAGUACUUCAAAAAUUCUAAACAGUGAUGAUAUUAAAUCACAUGAUAGAGUUAGGGAGUUCCUGGUAUCAGAGCAGGCAGUAAACCAAAGCACACAUGAAAUGAAUGAAAAGAAAAUUUUAAGUAGAUUCUUCUCUGUAAAUAACUUACUUAGUAGCACAGAGUCAAUUAAAGGAAGAGAAAUUGUUCUCUACCAGAAAUCCCUAUUUUCUCAAAGUGGAGUAGGGUGUUCUGAUAGUAUAAAUUUGCAGGAAUCAGAUACUGCUUUACUAGCUGAAGACAUGCCUCAUGAAGAGUUAGAUGAUGGAAUAAAAACAAAAACACAUUUACUGCUCGAAGAUGACUGUAAACAGAAAAUUGAAACAGAGUGUGUGGAUAAUCACAAAACUGGGACAGACAAAAGGACUCUUUUAUUAAAUUUCAAAUGGCCUCCAUUCGUGAAUGAUGAUAUCCAUGCACCUGGUACAUCCAAGAGCAGCUUAUCUGAUAGUCUAGUGUGUAUAUCUGAAAAAAGCUUGCCAGGACACAGUAGUAAAAGCACACCCCUUUCCCUGUCAGAUAUGGGAAAAGUACACAAAAAGGAUACUGAAGUAAACAAAGGAAAAAUGGAAUUUAUGCCUUCUAUGUUAGAAAUGGGGGAAGCAAGCACAAGGGAUGUUGAAUUGGAUAGUAAGAAAUUUGAGGCAGCUCUUCCUAUGUUAGGAAUGGGAAAAGCACAAAAAAAGGAGACUGAAUUGGAUAGCACAAAAAUUGAGCCAAGAGCUGAUAUUUUUAACAUGGGAGAAGUAUGCCAAAUGGGUGCUGAGAAGUAUAUUGAAAAAAAUGAGGGAUUAAAUGAGGGAUUAUCUGUCAUUUUAGGGAUGGAAAAUGUUUAUAAGAUGAAGGAUAAUGAAGGGGAUAUUGGCAAAACUGAAGUAAUGCCUGUUAUGUCUGAGGCGAAAAAUAUCUAUCAGAAACAUGAUGCUGAAGGGGAUAUUGUAAAGACUGAGGUGAUUCCUGUUCCUUUAGAAAUGGAAAUAAUAUACCAAAAACAUGCAGAAGGGGAUAUUGGCAAGACUGAAAUAUUACCUGUUAUGCCAGAAGUAGAAAGUACCUACCAAAAAAAUGCUGAGAUUAUUGAAAAUGCUGAAGUGAUAUCUGUUAAAUUAGAAAUGGAAGAUAUUUGCCAAACGGAUUCUGAAGGGGAUAAUGACAAGACCAAAGUGGCACCUGUUAAGUCAGAAGUGGAAAAUAUCAACCAAAAAGAUGCUGCGAGGAUUACUGAAAAAACUGAGGUGAUGACUGUUCCAUUGGAAAUGGGAAAUACUUACCCACAGGAUGCUGCAGGAGAUAGUGGCAAAACUGAGGUGACUCCUGUUGUGCUAGACAUGAAAAACACUUACCAGAAGAAUGCUGAAGGUUUAACUAGGAAUACUGAACUGUUGUUACCUUUUAUGUUAGAUGUGAAAGAAGCACACAAGAAGGCACCACCUGUCUCUGCCUGUUCAGGAAUGGAAAAUACAUGCAAAGAAGAUGUUAAAGAGACUUUUGGAACAACUGUGUCCACGCUUCCUAUGACAGAAAUAGAGAGAAGAUCUCCAGAAGAUUCUGAUGGAAAUAGUGAGAAACACGAAGUGUUAUCUACAAGGUCAGACAUUGAGAAAGUAUAUGGAACAGGUCUGGAUUUAACCUUGUCACAAGCAGAGGCCAUGCUUCCUUCUGAACUUGAACCUGAAAAAGUACCACAAGUGUAUCCUGAAGUGAUUGUUGGAGAAAUGGAGGAAGAGCCCUCUGGAAUAAAGGGAAGCUUAAUAGCGUGUGACAGUGGAUACAGAUCACAUUUCAGAGGCUAUGAAUCACCUACAUUAAGCAAGGAUUAUGAAGGCUACCCAGCCUUAGCAGUACCUGAUUUUCAACCUGGGGAUACUGUGGUAAGUCUGGACAAAAGAAUGUCUGUUACUGCCGUAUGUAACAAAAAGACAGAUCUGGACUGUAGCAGUGAAAAAGAACACUCUAACUUAGCCUUUGUUUCUCAGGAUGAACAAGAAAAUCCAUCUUUUACUAUAUUAUAUGAAGAGCCCCUUCAAGAUGAGGACAAGUAUGCUUCUGCAGAAGUAAAAAGAACACAUUCUCUCUUAUUUCCUGACACAUCCCUUGACAGCAUGCCUGCUCUGGCAUGUGAAAGAUCUGAGAGUAGAACUGACCUUGUCCAUCAUUUUGAAAAGGAUACUAAACUGGGUGAGACUUUUGAUAGUGAUCAUUCAGAAAUGUUCUUAUCAGUGGAGGCCAAACGGUACAAAAUUUAUCCCUUAGCUUUGUCUCCCAUCUAUGAGGAUGACAGUUCUCAGGAGGACAUUCUAUCCAGUGAGGUCUCACCUGGGCACCAUGGCUCCACAAAAUCAAGAGAGAGUACAAAUCAGCCGUCUUCUGUUUUAUCACUUCUCCAGUCAGUUUCAGAACGUCUAAAGAUGAAUUUUGAUGAGGAUGGACAGGAGACGGGGAGGGAAGGAGAAGAGGAGGAGGAAGAGGGAGAACUAGUGCAUAAAGGAAAUCUGAGAUCUCGCAGGAGAGAACACAUUACCUUCCAGUUGCCGGAUUCUCCAAUUACAUUUUCCCCUGACGAUGACCAGGAAAGGACUGGAAUUUCUAAGAAUUCAUAUGCAAUGGCAAAUGAACCUACUACCUCAAAUCUGCAAAUUGGUCUGUGGCCAGAAAAAGCCUCGUUUCUACAAAAAUCAGACCUUACUUCUAAACUACAUUCUUCUUUAAAAAGUGCCUAUCAUCAAUAUCUGCAGACUUCCAAAACCCAUUCCUCGGAAAAAGGAGCCAGAUUUGGUGGAAAUUUUCAGGAACCAGUAUCAAAGAGUUCCCAUGUUCAAGACAGCUCAGCCAGAUUAACCUUAUUCACAGAGAAUGUUGACACGGAAACUCUGAGGUGUAUCCCAAGACCUGGAAAGAUGGUUAUCUAUGAUCUUCAUGGACGUAAAUAUAAACAAGAAAUCUAUGGUAAUAUUCCUGAUGCUACAUCAUGGUCCUUUCCAAGUGGGGUACUGAUAAAAGUUGUAAGGGGCUGCUGGAUUUUAUACGAAAAACCACAUUUUCAAGGUCAGAAAUGUGUGUUAGAAGAAGGGGAAAAGGUAUUAAACCGUGACUGGCUUCUUCAGAACAGAAAACAUCCACAAAGAAACUUUGUAUUGGGUUCUAUCAAACGUGUCUUAAAGGAUUGCAGCAUUCCAGAGAUAGAACUUUGUCCGCAGUCUGACCCAACAUGUUGUCCUGUCUACAUACAGCGAGCGGUCCCCAAUUUGGAAGAACUGAAUAUUCCCAAAUCUGUGUCCUUCACUGUGAAGUCAGGAGUUUGGCUUGCCUACCCAGAUAUUAAUUUUAAGGGGCAAGCUACAGUUUUGGAGGAAGAUCAUGGGCUCUUUGAGAUUUCUGCAACUGAAGUGAAAUCAUUGUAUCCACUUCAAAUGGGUGGCUUGAAAGUGGAAAUGCCUAUGAACCUAAAGGUUAUUAUUUAUGAGAAACCUCACUUUUUUGGACAAGCCAUAGAUUUUAGUGAACACAUAGAUUCUGUUCCAAACUUUUUAAAAAAUACUGGUGAUUUUCUUGGAAUUGGAUCAAUUCGUGUCAUCGGUGGUGUGUGGGUUGCCUAUGAAAAAGAACAUUUUAAAGGCCAGCAAUUCCUGCUUGAAGAAGGAGACUUUGAAGACAGUAAUGCCUGUGGGGCACUAAGCGGUCCUAUCUUGUCUUUCCGGUACUUACAAGCUAAUUUUAUAGAGUCUUCUAUCACGCUAUUUGAAUCUGACCUAGAAAAUGGGAAGUUUAUCGACAUUACAAAUCAGGAAAUUUCUGAUUUAGAAGAAAUUGGCUUUGGCAAUGAAACAAGAUCCAUUCAUGUCAAAAGUGGAGUGUGGGUUGCCUACCAGCAGAAAUUCUUCUGUGGAGAACAAUACAUUUUAGAAAAAGGAAAAUAUAAAUGCUUUUUUGACUGGGGAGGAUCAAAUAAUAUAAUCUUGUCAAUACGACCUAUCCGACUGGAACCACUUGGGAUAAAUGAGCCUCCAUAUUUGCUAAAAGCAUUCAGUGAACCAGGAUUCCAAGGUGAAAGCAUAGAUUUUACAAAAGAAAUUUCUAAUUUGACUUCAUUCAUGCCAUGUUCUUUUAAAGUUCUUCGGGGUUGUUGGCUCCUGUAUUACCAAGGGGACAUUUCUGAUAAUCAGUGUGUGUUAGAAGAAGGUCUCUAUGCUGACCUUACUUCCUGUGGCUGCCCAACGUCUGACAUCAAAUCCCUGAAGCCCAUUGACUAUGUAUUUGAAGAACCUUCCAUCAGUCUCUUUGCUCUGGAACAUUGUGAGGGAAGAGAGUUACAUCUAGAAGAGGCCGUGAACUCUGUUCUGAAUAAAGAACUGCACUUCUACACCCAGUCCGUGUGGGUGAAAAGUGGGCUGUGGAUAGCUUAUGAAGGAUCCAAUUUCUUAGGACGACAAAUCCUACUGGAACCUAAUGAGAUUCCAAAUUGGACAGCAUUCAGUGGGUGGAAAACAAUUGGUUCCCUCCGUCCUAUGAAGCAGCCUGCCGUGUACAUCAGAAUAAAGAAUCGAGCCCAGGAUGAGUAUCUGACAGUUACUGGGAAUCUAGCUGACAUGAGGACAACAUCUGUGUGCAUUUCUCCCUACAGUGGAAAAAAUACGCAGAUCUGGCACUACUGUCGAGGACUCUUUAAAUCCAAGGCCAGCGAUACGUGUCUUGAUGUGAUUGGCGGCCGAGACACCCCUGGAGCUAAAGUAGCCCUCUGGACUGAGCAUGGGCAGUUCAGGCAGAAGUGGAGACUGAACAAAAAUGGAACCAUCAGCUCUUAUCUCAGUGAUCACCUUGUCCUUGAUGUUAAAGGAGGAAACUAUUGUGACAAGACUCAUGUGAUUAUAAAUCAGCCCCUAGAGGGAGAAGAAACACAGAAAUGGGACAUAGAAAUAUUGUGA